AUGCCGCCUGCAUCCAGUAAACUGCUCAACCCUCUCUCACUCUCACCCACCGACCCUUCGUCCUCAUCUCAAUCAGCCGGCUUGUCAAGGAUGACCACGCAAUCCAACAAACCACCUCGUUUCUACUUACCUUCCCCGUCCAACUCAUCACCUCAUACACCCGUCUAUCCGCUGUCCAGAGUAGUAUCCAGAGCUCAAUCAGAUACCAAUGCAGCUGCAGGGAGCAGUACAUCUACUUCUACCUCGACAUCAACUACGGAAACUGCGCUGUACUCAAGAAGGAGUAGAUCAAGAGCAUCUAUUAGCAAUCUGCGAUCCGCCUUGGAAUUAUACCAGAUUGACCAUCGAGUGACUUCACCAGACCCAGGUAAUAUAGCUGGGACAUCAACCGAUACAGAUACCACUCGAGGCCAUCCGCAUGGACACCAACAACACCAAGCGGUAUUGAGUAAUGAGGAUGACUCACCAUCGAGCUUGUCACCUUCGUCGUUAAUAGGGAAUUCGAAGAUGGACGCCUUGGUCGAGAUCCAUAGGGUAUUGUAUAGGGGUAAAGAGGAUCUACAAGUCAAAAGAAUCGAAUUGACCUUGAAGGAAGAGGUCGAUCAGGUCAAGAGGGUAGUAGAUAGAUGGUUUGAAAGUGAUUGUGUAUACGACCAACCACUAGUACAUCUGACAUCUCGAGAAUCUAUGUUGAUGCAUUUCACACUGUUACAUGCAUUCGGUACAGUCUAUAUGCCGAGUAUACGACCUUCCGCUUUGAUCAUCCACCUUAAAGAGAUAAUAUCGCUGUUACAAAUAAGCCUACUACCCAUAGAAGAACAUGGGAAAUCUCGAGGAGCAGAAGGUAAAAAGAAGGAAUCAGAUAUAAUCGAGUCGCCGAAAUCACCAGGCGAGGAAGAGCAUCUCCUGGGACUAGGACUAGGUAUUGGUAAAGCAGGUGAUCACCGGGACACGACUAGGAAGACGAGUCGACACUCUUCACGUGAUCACACAACGCAUAGUGAUGGAAGUAUGAGUUACGAUGGCUGGUGGAAGUUGUGGGAUGUCACGGCGGAUUGUAAAGAGAUUGGAGAGAUGGAAUGUUAUGACGGUCAUUACUUAGCCAUGAUCGAGCAUGUGAUCCGCCUAUCGCUCUUUCCAACCUAUCGCAAUUCUAUUAAGACCGCUCCUUCCACUUCUCACCCGUCAGCCUACUUCCACCCUAAAACACCUAAUCCUCAUAUCAAACAUCACCACCAUGGUUCCGUGAAGCACAUCGGGAAAGCACAAAGUCCAAUACUGGGUAUAGAUAUCCCAGCUGUCCCUGUUCCGUCAUUCGCUAAGAGGAUAUACACGUAUAUCUACCGGGAUUUCAUAGAGUGCUGGUUGGAUUGGGAGCUGAGGGUAAAUACAAUGAUACAGUUUAACGAGGUUGGCAAAGCAACCCAUGUACGCGAUGUGAUUGAUGUCCGAGACUUGGUGGAAUGCUUCGUCCCGUUCGCUAAACGAUUACAUCUGAUCACGACUGUAACGGGCUUUAUCACUAGCCUGAUUGGGGUUGUUAUCUUGACCUCUUUGGCGGGUAAUGACCAAGCUGUGGAAGUCGUCAAGCAGGGUAAGAUUAUUAGCGUAUCUCUGCCUACCCGAGUGAUGGAGAAGGGCGGUAUCAUGACCCAUGGUGUGGGCUAUGACGCUAGGACUGAAAAGGAUAGAGAUAGCAAACCCUCAGCGUCAGAGGAAAAACCAUCACUCAAUAGUACCAAAUCAUCCUCUUCUGCACCUAUGCGUAUCAAAUCACCUACCAUGGAUCCUCAAUCUCGUUCAAGAAAGAUGAGUGCCCCUACUCUCAUGACCAGUACACAUAAUACACUAGGGUUGGAAGGUGUUUCGCCGCCUGCUUCGGUGCAAGAGGGUAAUAGUCAGAGCACAGCGGUCACCAGUGUCGACCAAGAUUCAGCUUGA